CACUUCGGACAGCUGCCUUUGCAUGCUUUUGUCACUUACUGCCCCAUUCUGUUCCAGUCCGGCAAAUCCGCCUCCUUCCUGCCCUUCAAAUUUCAUAGCCCUUAACCCUCAGAUCACAUGCAACCGAAAAAACUGUAGGCCAAUGUACUGCCACUAUUAGGCUACAACCCCAGAAUCAACAGCAGUCCGCUCAAGAACAAUCAAGAGAUAAACAGAGGGCUUUGCUCAAAAAAUUCUCAUUUCAUCAUCAUUUGUACAACAGGUUGGUUUUUGCUUGCACAAUGAGAGCACAUUUGUUGUUGCGGGACAAUGUGAUUUCUCUCCUAAUAUUCUGCUCAAGCUUCUUAGCUACUUUGGUUCAUUCUUCGCGUUAUUCAAUCGAUGUGUUGCCAUUAUCUGAUGCCUCAGCUUUGUUAGCUUUUGAAUCAAAAGCUGGCUUGAGAAGCAAACUUGGGUUCUCUCCCGAAACAAGCUCCUCAUUUUGCAAAUGGGCUGGAGUGCAAUGCUCACAAACCAGAGUGGUCCGGUUUGUCGUCGAGGGAAUGGAUUUAGGUGGAGUUUUUGCUCCGAGCACAUUGACUCGGUUGGACCAACUACGAGUUCUUAGUCUCCAAAACAACUCCCUCGCCGGUCCCAUCCCUGAUCUUUCCGGUUUGGUCAACCUCAAAGUUCUCUUCCUCUCCCACAACUCCUUCACCGGCUCAAUCCCACCUUCGCUAUCAACUCUCCACCGUCUCAAAACCCUCGAUCUCUCCCACAACAACUUAACCGGUCCGGUCCCGAUCUCUUUCAACAACCUGGACAGGCUGUACACCCUCCGGUUAGACUCAAACCGGUUCAACGGUUCGAUCCCAGCAUUAAACCAAUCCACACUUCAGAUGUUCAACAUUUCUAGUAACAACCUCACCGGUCCAAUCCCUAUCACCCCGACAUUGUUACGCUUCAAAGCGUCGUUGUUCAGCUGGAAUCCCGGACUUUGCGGAGAAAUAAUACACAAGGAAUGCCGUGAAAUGCAACAUUUUUUCGGUCCCGUCGCCUCACCUCCGCCGCCGAAAUCGGUAUCCGCCGAUCAAAGCUCACAAAUUGAACGGGGAAAAGUAGGCGUGAGCAGCCAACCAAGCAGGAAAGCGCAUGGGAAGGCGGCGCUUAUAAUCGGGCUAUCCGGGAGCGGGCUAUUUUUCAUUUGUUCGUUCAUUUGUUUUGCAUUUGCCACGAGGACGGUAAAAAAGAAGAAAAAGGAAAGUUCAGCUGGGAAAGUUGUGGUUGGUGAAGCAACUGCAAAUGCCAAUGCCGAGGCAUUGAUGAGGAUUGAAGAAGACAAUUACGAGCUGGAGGAGAAGGUGAGGAGGGUCCAGGAGGGAGUGCAAAUCGCCGGGAUGGGGAAGAGCGGGAAUCUGGUAUUCUGUGCGGGUGAGGCACAGGUGUAUACGCUGGAGCAGCUGAUGAGGGCAUCGGCGGAGCUGCUGGGGAAGGGAACGAUGGGGACCACUUACAAAGCAGUGCUUGACAGCCGGUUGAUUGUCUGUGUGAAGAGACUGGACGGUAGUAGAUUGGCGGGUACAAGUCAGGAGGUGUUUGAGGGGCACAUGGAAUCAGUGGGGUCCUUGAGGCAUCCGAAUUUGGUUCCCCUCCGGGCAUAUUUUCAGGCUAAAGAAGAGAGGCUUCUGGUUUAUGAUUACCAGCCUAAUGGCAGUCUUUUCUCUCUAAUUCACGGUUCCAAGUCAGCAAGAGCAAAGCCACUUCACUGGACAUCAUGCUUGAAAAUAGCAGAGGACGUAGCUCAGGGCCUCUCCUACAUUCACCAAGCUUGGAGGCUCGUCCAUGGCAAUCUCAAGUCUUCCAACGUCCUCCUUGGCUCCGACUUCGAAGCCUGCCUUACCGACUAUUGCCUUUCCGCCCUUGCAACCACCAUUGCUGCCACCGCCGCCUCCUCCGAUGAGGAGCACCCUGAUUUUAAGGCCUAUAAAGCUCCGGAAGCACUCAAGUUCAACAACGACCAAACUCAAGCCAAUACUACAACAUCCAAGUCAGAUGUUUACUCAUUUGGGGUUCUUUUGCUUGAGCUUCUCAGCGGGAAGCAUCCGUCGCAACUUCCAAUUCUGAUGCCCGGCGACAUGAUGAACUGGGUGAAACUAAGCAGGGAUGAGGAAAAUAGAGGGGAAGACAACAAACUAGAAAUGCUUCUUGAGGUGUCUAUUGCUUGUAGUGUCGCCUCCCCGGAACAGAGGCCGACAAUGUGGCAAGUCUUGAAAAUGAUUCAAGAGAUUAAAGAGGCUGUUAUAAUGGAGGAAAAUUGAUCGAAUAUACGCACCAGACCUGGUCAGCUCUCAGUGAGCUAGUCGAUGUCGGUCUUUCUUGUAUAUUGGUAUUUUCUUUUUCUUUCUUUCUUUUUUUUUUUUUUGCAUCUUAUAACGGUGAGA